UGGUCAUCGGCAAUGUAGCUGGCUCGUUUCUGGCCCCCUGGCUGAUCUACGGCUUCCAGCCUGACGAUCGCGAGUUCGACUCACUUCGACCUGCGGACCCGAGCACGCUGGGACCCAUGUACGCCAGUGUCAUGCAGCAACUGGGUCUUAGUGUGUUGCUACCGCUGGCGGUAGGUCAGGGCCUGCGAUGGUUAUUUCCGAAGCAGGUCACUUGGACGUUGAAGACGUUCUAUCUUGCGCAGUUUUGCUCGGUGAUGCUGAUACUGGUGGCCUGGUCCACGUUCUCAGGAGCCUUCGAGACCGGAGCAUUGACACAGCUACCCAAAUCCUCCAUCAUCUUCAACGUCUUCAUGAACAUAGCCGAGUACCUCUUGUUCACCGCGAUCUGCUUCUGUCUAGCAUACCCUCCAAAGCGGCUGGCCGCCCUGGUCAAUGCGCACAUCGCAAAUUCCAGCCUGGGGUCGCGUCUUCCCGUAUCGAUGCGGCGGGCUGUGACGGUCAGGCGGAUGCCCCGGAUACAUGUCGUAGCCGUCUGCUUCUGCGGCGCUGCGAAGACGGCAACUGUCGGGAUCCCCUUGGCCGCGGCCAUGUGGUCGCAGCUUGACAACUUCACCAUAUCGUCGAUCCAGGUGCCCGUGCUUCUUUACAUCGUGGAGCAGGUGUUCGUGGCGCAGUUCUUGACGAUAUUCUUCAAGUGGUGGCUGCAACCGGCCGGGAAAGGGGCGUCGGAUGCUGAGUCCACGACUGUGGAUGGGCAGCGGGCAGUUGGUCAUCAGCGAGUGACGACUGCCUGUGUCGAUGAGGGUGUGAGGAUUGAGAGGAUCAUUGCGCCCGUGAUGGACGAGAAAGACCUGCGCUAA